UUAUCAAUCUCAAAUAUGCAGGUUUGCCCAAAGAAAAUGACUUCGGGCCUCAAUUUGAAUUUGAGUAUAAUUCCUUUAAAAGAGGACUAGAAUUCUUGAAACUUGAAACAAUCACCCUUCUUUCUAAAAGCCAUAAAUAGAAACUAGACAAGAGCCGAUCGAGAAGUCGCAAACACUUCAUCAAAAUGAAUUUGAGUAGAAUUCUUGUAAAAAAUACAGUUGAGUUCGAUUUGUAUAUAAGAGGAUGCCACAAACCCAAUACCCGAUGAGAAGGACAUUUUUGUCGCUAUGAACACCACGUCACAUGAUUCAUUCAUGCGAAAUAUGACAUGUUCCCUAGAUUUUUCUAAGAAAUAAAGGCAAUGCCUAUUGCCUGCCACUAAUGCUAUUGCUAAUCAUUCCUUAAUUUCUCACUAUUCCACUCUUUUUAUUUUAUUUUAUUAUAAAUGGCUAUAAAUUUAUUUAUGUGUAAUGCUAUACACACGUAACGCACGUUUUUGCAGCCCCACCUGUUUUAUUAUAGAAUUAUUCCUUUUGGUUACGGUAGAGAGGGUAGGAAGGGCCUCUUAUUUAUGAUGAAAAAUAACACGUUUUGAAUACAUAAAAUCCCUUCUUGCCUAUUUAAAGUCCCGACAUUUUUCUAGUCGUAAACGAACACGCACUCCCUUCUUUGCCUUGCACGGUUGUACCGUCCGUCGAGCCGGAGAUCAGUUGGAGCUUGGAAUGAAGCUGAACGAGCCUUUCUGUGUGCCUGCGGCCUGUCUCUUGUCAAUUGAGUCGGCACUGUCGUCUCGCUUAUCUCCAGCAAUGCUCUCUCUCCACCCUUUACACCAGCAUGCACCUUCAGUACUCUCAAUACGGCCCAAAGCUUCUCUCCCUUUCUGCCCUCUGCGCCACUCUAUCACUUUCAACAACCAAGCUGCCAUCUUCUCUCCUCGCCGUCGUCGAGAACUCUACGUACGAGCCCUCGACGCUGCUCAGCCGUUUGACUAUGAAUCCAAGCUCGCCGCUGCUCAUUUCCACUCCAGCCAGCAUCUCAAGAUUGCCAUCAUUGGCUUCGGAAACUUCGGGCAGUUCCUGGCAACUACACUCGUCCGCCAAGGCCACACCGUACUCGCCCACUCCCGCUCUGACUACUCCGACGCCGCCAAGUCCCUGGGCGUUUCCUUCUUUUCCAACCCCCACGACCUUUGCGAAGAACACCCAGAAGUCAUUCUGCUCUGUACCUCUGUAAUCUCCAUCGAAUGGGUCCUCAGCUCCCUCCCUCUCCAACGACUCAAGCGUAGCACCUUGUUCGUCGACGUUCUUUCUGUCAAGGAGUUUCCCAGAGACAUACUUCUCGAACUUUUGCCCGCCGAUUUCGAUGUGAUUUGCUCCCAUCCAAUGUUCGGACCCCAAAGCGCUAGACACAACUGGAAGGGACGUGCCUUUGUUUACGAAAAGGUUCGAAUUGGCAACGAAGAAUCGAGGAUUUCGCGGUGCGAGAAGUUCCUCGAUAUUUUCGCGAGAGAAGGGUGUAGAAUGGUGGAGAUGUGCUGCGAGGAGCACGACAAGCACGCGGCAGGAUCGCAGUUUAUUACCCAUACGGUUGGUAGGGUCUUGGAGCUGUUCAACUUGGAGUCCACGGCGAUUAAUACAAAGGGGUAUGAGGCCUUGUUGGAUUUGGUUGAGAACACGGCCGAGGACAGCUUUGAUUUGUAUUACGCGCUUUUUAUGUACAAUAAGAGCGCUUUGGAGAUGUUGGAGAGGUUGGAUUUGGCUUUCGAGGCGUUGAGGAAUGAGCUCUUCGACCGGUUGCAUAAUGUGGUGAGGAAACAAUUGUUUGAGAAGGUGCAGAAUUCGCAGGACAGUUACACUUGGCCUCAAAAUGGUGCUGCAUUGUCUUCUUCUGCAUUGGUUGUGAGGUCUCAGGAUAAUGCUCAACCAUACGAGUACAAAGGGCAGAUCUCUGACCGCUUCGAUGACAACUUGAAACUAAAAAUUGCAAUAGUUGGAUUUGGAAACUUUGGUCAGUUCCUUGCAAAGACCAUUGUAUGCCAAGGACACACGGUUUUGGCGUAUUCUAGAUCGGACUACUCUGAUAUAGCUAAAAAAUUAGGGGUUUCUUACUUCUCUGAUGCAGAUGAUCUUUGUGAAGAGCAUCCAGAAGUGAUUCUUCUUUGUACUUCCAUUCUUUCUACUGAGAAAGUUCUGAAGUCAUUGCCGCUUCAAAGAUUGAAAAGGAGUACUCUGUUUGUGGAUGUACUUUCUGUGAAAGAAUUUCCAAGAAGUUUGUUUCUUCAAAAUCUGCCACCAUAUUUUGAUGUUCUCUGCACACAUCCCAUGUUUGGACCUGAGAGUGGUAAAAAUGGGUGGAAUGGUCUUUCUUUUGUUUAUGAUAGGGUUAGGGUUGGAAGUCAGGAAUCAAGAGUUUCACGGUGCGACCGGUUUCUUGAUAUUUUUGCACGAGAAGGGUGCCGAAUGGUGGAAAUGUCUUGUGCAGAGCAUGAUCAGCAUGCGGCAGGGUCACAGUUCAUCACUCACACAAUGGGAAGGGUUUUGGAAAAGUUAGGGUUGGAGUCAACACCAAUUAACACAAAGGGUUAUGAGACACUGUUGAGUUUGGUGGAGAAUACUGCAGGGGAUAGCUUUGACCUUUACUAUGGCUUGUUCAUGUACAAUGUAAAUGCGAUGGAACAGCUAGAGAGGUUGGACCAUUCUUUUGAAUCAUUGAAGAAGCAGCUCUUUGGGCGGUUACAUGGUGUUCUUCGGAAGCAACUGUUUGAGAAUGCAGAGAAGCUCCAAAUUUCGUGGGAAAGAUGAGUCUUGCCACAAGUAUCUCAAAGCAGUGCUGCAUUGGCAUCUUCUUUGGAGACUGUCCAAAACAAUUGAGUUCCAUAUUCCUGCCAUUUGGCAAGCGGUACUCGUACGUCUUCUUGAAUUAAAAAAAUUAAAUAAAAGCAUGGUUCGGAAGUUUGAACCCUGAGAAUUUUAAGGUUCAAGUUCUUUGGCUUUGUUAGAUUGCUUCCUGCAUGUAACUAGAGGCAGAUAUAGUUAUAUAUGAGAUUUUAUGUGCAAUAUUCACAUCCUUAGUUGUGUCAUUGCUGGUACCUAGAUUUGGAAAAUCAAAUCCAAUUUGAGGAUUCAACAUUCUAUUAUCAAAUAUACUGUGCUCUUAGUAGCUGGUUUGAAAUUUUAGUUUAGCCCAUUAUCCUGCUCUCCAUUGUCUAGAACUGUCCUCACGAUUUUUGUUUCUUGUAAAAUUUGGUUGCUGGAUGAAAUCUCAUUCAGAAUUUCUGGAGUCAUUGGCUUGGUUUUAUCUUAUAUUCACUCUUUUAUGAAGCAAAUUAUAACAAAUAUACGACAACUAAGUUGCAUCUGAAAUUUUGGUAUUUUAAUAAUUUUUACUUGUUAAAGAUAAGUGCAUUUCUUUUCAUGUUGAUCAGGAUCACUGCCCUUUUGAAGAAUUCCUUGGGGUUUUGUGGUGUGAAGGAGACUUGAUCUGUUUUGCUAAGUGGGUGUUGGUGGUUUGUAACAACAUCGAUACUUGCUUGGAGCUGCAACAAUUGGAAUGCUUUCUUUAAUCUUCAAUAUGUUGAAGACAGUGGCUCAUUGUUGCAGUUAUGAUAAUUAUGUGUAACUUAAGUAAAGGGAUGCACCGGUAAUAAGUGAUUAAUUGAAGUUUGAGGCACUACAAGGACAAGGGAAGGUAAAGAAAGAAUCAAGAUCGGAGGCGACUAGAGAUGACAUUGUGGCCUGUAAUGUUAGGGAAGAUACGAGUCUUGAUAGAGCUGCCAAAAAUUUAUUGAUUUACUCAAGUUUUGAUUCUUCUAGUUGUUGGAGUAUAUAUGGUUGUUCCUCCAUUUAGGUUCCAACUUUUUGGAAUCUGGUUGAUGUCAGUUAUUAAAGUAAUUGCUAAGGUGUAAGCUAGGAAAGAGUUGUGCUCUUUCAACAUGUUUUGUUACUUAUACUGAUGCGAGCUCUGACAUGAAUGAAGUUCUUAUCUUUGUCCUGGUUA